CUCACGGACCAUCGAGCAUCCGGCGACGCAUCGAACCAUGUCCGCCGCUAAGUGUCUGGUGUACGCGAUGAUGAUGCUAGCAGCUGGGGCGUGUGUCGCUAGCGCACAGGAGAGGAUAAAGAUGUGCGGCAGGGACCUGAUCCGUCUGGCCGUCUCGUCCUGUGGGAACGCACGGCUGAGGAGGAGCAUCCCGGACCUUGUGCUGGACCAGCACCAGUACAUGCAGCAGUGGAACCUGGAUGCCUCCACGGAAGAGCACCAGGCCGCCGAGGUGGUCCGCACCCCCGCAGGGUCUGCCGGGAAGGAGGAGGCCUCCGCUGCUCCUCACUGGUACCGCGUGUCCUCUCGGAUCAGACGGGCGGCUGGGAAAAUAUCCGAUAUCUGCUGCGAGAGAGGAUGCAGCAUGAAGGAGCUGAUCCAGUUCUGCUAAAUGUAACUCAUUACCUGUCACGUGGCAGAACGGGCGGCUCGAAAAAACUGUGAUUCACUCCGCAUUGUGGUCUAAAGGAACCUGUACCACGCUGCCAAGCGCUUGAGAAAUGAAAUAAAAUGCUUCAGCCCUCGA